AUGGACUCGCCAACAGAUCCCAGCGACAGUGCGAACGGAACCCCUCUAAAGUACAAAAUUGGAGUGUCAUUCGCUAUUGUGUUUCUCAUAUUCUGUGCUGUUGGAAUAGAUAGGAGGAUCAACAACGUAUCAAGCAACAACAGCGAAGAACGAGCAAACAGCAAGAGCAGCGAAGAACAAGCAAACAACAGGAGCAGCGAAUUCCGAACCCCCAGAUUGUGGAACAGUAAUGUCAAUGAAAUCCAGGCAGAAUUUACUACAUUGGCAUAA